AUGGAGCUCCCAGGCAAAAGAGCGAGAGGAAGACCAAAGAGAAGGUUUAUGGAUGUGGUGAGGGAAGACAUGAGGGCAGUUGGGGUUAGAGAGGAAGAUGCAGGAGAUAGGCUAAGAUGGCAAAAGAUGACACGCUGUGGCGACCCCUAACGGGACAAGCCGAAAGGAAAAGAAGAAGAAGAAGAAGUUGUUUCGUAUUUCAGUGAAAAAAUACUCAAAUUUCCACUUGUCCUGGAAGCGGCCGCCCUCGCGGUCAACUUUCCUUUUUUUGUUUACAGACGCCAUGUUAGAAAUGGGCUGGGCUGAAACGAUCACGCAAGGUCAAGGGUCACGGCGGCCAGAGUGCGGCCACAGGGCUACUGCCAUCUUCUGGUGAAAUGAAAAAUAGCUUUUUGUACACGUAUUUUAUACUGUGGUCAACAGUGCUGGCGGGCCGCAUAUUAUUGAUUUCAUGAUAGAGGCCGCGGGCCGAUAAAAAUUUGUCCACGGGCCGCAAUUGGCCCGGGGGCCGGACUUUGGACAUGCCUGCUCUAAGAUAAUUAGAUAAUGACGAAAAUGCAUUGUGGCUUUAAUUGGAAUUACAAGACUGGAUGACUACACAGAAAAAAAUAAUAAUAAUAAUCCCCCAUCCAUGCUAUUGUACAACAAUUGAAAGUCUCAACCAAUGCAAAGGGCUUUUAUACAUAAUCUAAUUCAGUUAUAAAAAUGUACUUUUCAUAGGGAUUUCAAUGUGCAACUUCCUGCUCUGUCCCUCCCAUCACUGAACACCAAUUAGCGAGCUAGCAUAAAAGCGCAGAGUGGUUUUGUGUGUAAUGUCAUUACAAUGUCAUUUUGCUGAUCAAAUGUCACUUUAAUUGACUUUUGUGUGUCUGCGUGGAGCUUUUAGAUUAUUUGUGUGCACACGUGAGACCCAGCCGGCGCUCCAGUCCAACCUCCAAAACCGCACGACCCGGCUCCGGUCACUCCGCCGCUUCUCUCUCGUCACCUGCUUUCAUUUCUUGCGGCGCGGCCUUUAAAGCGAUAAAAGGAUGAUCGCAUCCCACUUCCGGGGGCCACGCCAAGGCCUGAUUUGUGUCCUCGUUCGAGGCCGGUGGGCGGGGAUUGUCACGCCGGGGUUAUAAAAAGGUCUUUUUCCGCGGAACGUCACAUCACAGCGACGAUGAAAGUGCCGCUUAUUGUCCUCAUCCUCUCAGGUAAGAGCAAAAUAAUUAUGUUUAUGUGCAUCAAAACAUUUUCCUGUGCUAGUAUGAAGUGUGUGAUUUGAAAAAUUUGAGAAAUUAUUGUAGAAAAUAUUAAGUAAAAUAGAGAAAUAUUUUUUGUCCAUUUUCAACACACUGAGGUUGUGUUGGAGAUUGUUGUAAAUCAAUGUGACAAAUUAUGUUUAGCGCAAGUGAGAUUAUUCAUUUGUAUGUGAAAUCAUGGCGGCACGGUGGAUCAGCUGGUAAAAUGUUGGCCUUACAGUUCUGCGGACCCGGGUUCGAUCCCGGCCCCGCUUGUGUGGAGUUUGCAUGUUCUCCCCGUGCCUGCGUGAAUUUUCUCCGUGUACUCCGGCUUCCUCCCACAUCCCAAAAAACAUGCAACAUUAAUUGGACACUCUAAAUUGCCCCUAGGUGUGAUUGUGGGUGUGGCUGUUUGUCUAGAUGUGCCCUGCGAUUGGCUGGCAACCAGUUCAGGGUGUACCCCGCCUCCUGCUCGUUCACAGCUGAGAUAGGCUCCAGCACUCCCUGCGACCCUAGUGAGGAUAAGCAGCAAAGAAAAUAGAUGGAUGGAUCGACGUUGAUUCAGAUGUGAAACUCAAUUUUCAGAGAAUUUUAAACAUGUUUAUUGACUCCAAUGAAAGUACAAAAAAAAAAAAAUUAGUUGAAAACGAGAACUGUUCAAGUUUCACUCAGUAAAUCAGUUCCUAUCCUAGGUGUGGGAGGGGCCCCCCCGGGCAAGGUGUGCAGCUACCAGGACGUGGUGGACCACCUGAACCUGACCUCAAGCAACAGGGCUUUCCAUCUGACGAGGCCGGUCCUGGACCACACGCGUGCCACCCUGGUGGAGCUCAACAUGAUCCUGUACGCCAUCGUGGGUGUGGUAGGUGGCUCGUUUGGAGAGGUCGUGCUGAAAAUCGCCAGUGACGUUUCGACAAUCAUGUUUUCGCAGAUCGAGAAGACGCAAACCUUCAUUCCGUUCCUGUGGACGAUAACGUCCUGGACGGAUGAACGCAUUUUUUGGGACCCGGAUGAGUUUUGCGGGAUCACGGAAAUUUCCCUUCCCACCGACCUGCUGUGGAUCCCCGACAUCUUCAUCUUUGAGAUGGUGGAGAAAGACAACUCGCAACACAACCCUUACCUGUUGGUCAAGCACGACGGGACCGUCCUGCUGGAUCAGGACAUCCGGGCGGUCAGCGUGUGCAUGAUGGACGUGCACAAGUUCCCCUUCGACACGCAGCGGUGCAACAUAUCGCUGGCGUCUGCGGUUUUCAAGUAUGAGCAGCUGCGCGUCAUCCCGGUGGUGAACUCGUCGCGGGCUACAGAGUCCACCAAAGCCCUGCUCCAUUCCCAGGGGGAGUGGGAGUUCCUCCAUUUGUCCGUGAGCAGCGGCAACAUCAGCUUCGACGACCUGGUGUGGGACAAGCUGGUGUACACGUUUGUCAUCAAGAGGCGACCCCUGCUGCACGUCAUCAACUUCCUGUUGCCCAUCCUCUUCUUCCUGUGCCUGGACCUGGCCUCCUACUUCAUCCCGGAGCACCACGGGGAAAAAUUGGGCUUCAAGGUGACCGUGCUGCUCGCCAUCUCCGUGCUGCUGCUCAUCCUCAACGACAUCCUGCCUUCCACGUCGAACAGGACGCCGCUCAUAGCCACCUACUGCAUCGUCAUCUUCGCCCUGAUGCUUCUCAGCCUCCUCGAGACCAUCACGGUGGCCUACCUGACCGAGGGCCGCUCGUCGGAGAAGCUGGCGUGUUGCGGCAGGGGCAAACGGGAAAAGGACCCGACCGACGAGGCCGACUCGGAAGAGAUACGACAGACCGACGGGUGCGCGUCGAGCAAAGAGAAACCGCAGAAGCUGCUGCCUGCAUUACCGGAGUUUUACAGUAAUAGGGAAGAAAAAAAAACCUCGCCUGGGUCGUCCCUCCUCCUCCAUCAUAAAGGACACCAGGGAAGAGUCCAAGUACUGAUCCGAGGACUUCAUCAUGUUCACAGCCUUUGUCGUCUCCCUCCUGAUCCUGCCUGCCACUGCCGCUGCCGCCUUUGCGUCGGAGUCGGACGGCUGCAGUUACCAGGAUGUCUUGAACCACCUGGGCCUGAACCGAAGCAACGAGCUUUUCUCCAUGACGCGGCCCGUCAAGAACUACAAGAAGCCGACUCACGUGUCCCUGGAGGUGCUGCUGUACGCCAUCCUUAAUGUGGUGGAGAAGGAGCAGAAGUUUGUUCCUUACGUCUGGACCGUCACGAGGUGGCACAACGACUUCAUCUCCUGGGACCCUCAAGAGUUCUGCGGGAUCAACAACGUGUCGCUUCCCGUCGGCAUUCUGUGGAAGCCG